CUUGUGGCCACAGCUUCCUGGGCUGUGAUGGGGACGGAGAGACGCAAAGCAGUGGCCCCCCCAGCCAGCCCUGGGAGCUGCAUGGAGGGAGGCGAGGUCUGUGCAGCUGAGCCCAGACGGGUUCUCCACCCCCCCGAGAAGCUCCCAGGCAUCCGGCCUCACCCCAUCUCAAUCUAAAAUGGGUGAUGGGGGGGGGGAAAUCCAUGACUGGUUGCAUGUCACCCCAGCAUUGUCAGAUUCCAAUGGGCUUUUCAGUGUCAAACCUGGUCUUUGCAGGACGGUUUCUCACUGUGUGACUUAAAUAAACCAGGAUUAUUUUUUUAAAGGAAACUAGGAAAAACAAUUCCAUCAUGUGCCACCCUAAGAAUCUUAUCACAUAGGUGACUGGCGUGGCCUGAGCCCCUUUUGUUCUGUGGACCAGCCACUAGAGGGGGACGUGGCAACGCUUUUAGCCCACAAGACCCACAAUUAAUUGGUCCGGUGGCACCUUAAAGACUAACAGAUUUAUUUGGGCAUAAGCUUUCGUGGGUAAAAAACCUCACUUCUAAGCUUAUGCCCAAAUAAACUGGUUAGUCUUUAAGGUGCCACUGGACUCCUUGUUGUUUUUGUGGAUACAGAUUAACACGGCUACCCCCCGAUAAUUAAUUGGUCGACAACCACUGAAUGUCGGAUCAGCUUUCCUGAGUUCUCUCCCUGGCUCUGGGAGGGAUGUGGGGCCUGGUGGGGUAGAGCAGGCUGGGCUGGGAGCCAGGACUCCUGGGUUCUAUCUGCAGUGCUAGGAGGGGCGUGGAGUCUAGAGCAGUGGUUACAGAUCAGAUCAUAGAGGGACACAGUGUUUUGGCCUGUUCCUUACAGAAGACAGUCCCCUCCCGGGCCUGGAGAUGCUCCGGCCCCUGCUCCCCUAGUGAGGCUCCAGUUCCCAGCUGGCUGUGAUCACAGUGGCCCCUGGGGAAUUAACCCACCCCCCCAUGCUUUGCACUCUCCUGGCUCUGGUCCUGGAGCCCCAGUUAUAAUGGCCUUGGAUACAUCAGAGAAAGAGCCGCGCGGGGGCUCUUUGGGAGGGAGCAUGGUUCCCUCAUUAGGAACAUCCUGUGGGGGGCAGAAUCCCCAGUAGAUUUUGUGGGGUGCUGCAUUAAAGUUCAGCCAAGCCAAUAAUGGGUCCCCCAAUAUCUGCUCCUGCUGUGAGUUCUCUCUGGGACUGUGAGCCUGCAGGGUCCGGAUCUCCUGCCCCACACAGCCCUAGCUGGGGUGUCUGUGUUAUCCGCCCCAGGAAUCUGCACCAGUCAGCUGAGCUCCCCCCACGCUGGCUCCUUGGGGUCCCAGCUGAACCCUCAAACCAAGACUUGGUGCCAGGGCGGGCUUGGAUGGGCACUGGGGCAGCUGGGCAGGGCCACUGUCCCAGCGAGACUGGGGGAUCCUAAGAUGGGGCAAGCGGAGCCAACGGAUGGGCAUGUGGGUAUGCCCGGAAUGGGGGACCAGGCGUUUCCCCUGAAGGUGUGGGGAAGGGUGCAUCCUCCACAGGAGGGAUCUAUACCCCCCUCUCUCCAGCCCAGCCGCCCCCGGGGGACCCUGCAUCCUUCCGCCCCGUGCAGAGCCUGUCCCCGCUCCUGGAGCCGCCAGGCCGGGCUACCCAAAGCGGAUCUUCCCAGAGCGGAGCCGCCCGUGCCGUCAGCGGGGUUGCAAUAGCGCAGGGACCUUCCUGUCCAACCCCCAACCUGGGCUGGAGACUCAGGCAGCCCCUGCUGCCCACGGGGCCGGAUCCCCUGUCUGCAAUGAGACCCCCCCUCCCCCAGGGAACCAGCAAUAACCCGCCCCACCCCGUGCGCUGCAGCCGGGCGCAGGUGCCGGGGACGGGCGUGAGAACGAGGAGGAGCCGGAACCCCCCAAAUGUCCCUCUUGCCACCCGAGCUGGGGGAGCCGCUGACCAUCUGCAGCCAGUGCGGGAAGAGCUACCGCCUGAGCACCCAGUUCCUGCGGCACCAGCAGACCCACGUCCGUGAAAAACCCUUCAAGUGCGACGAGUGCGGGAAGAGCUUCGUGGACAGCUCGGCCCUGCUCACGCACCGGCGUGUCCACACCGGGGAGUGGCCCUACCGCUGUGCCGACUGUGGCCGGAGCUUCAGCCGCAGCUCCAACCUGAUCCGGCACCAGCGCACCCACCGGGGACUGCGGCCCCACCAGUGCCCUGACUGCGGGAAGAGCUUCGCCGAGGCCUCCUGCUUCCUGCAGCACCGGCACUCCCACUCAGGCGAGCGCCCCUACCUCUGCCCUGACUGCGGGAAGAGCUUCCACCACCGCUCCGUCCUCCUGGCCCACCGCCGCACCCACCUCGGGGAGCGGCCCUACACCUGCUCCGAUUGCGGGAAAAGCUUCCACCAGAGCUCCCAGCUCUCCGCCCACUGCCGGGCUCACCUGGGCGUCAGGCCCUUCCAGUGCCCUGACUGUGGGAAGAGCUUCUUGGACAGUUCCUCUCUGAUCAUCCACCAGCGCAUCCACACCGGAGAGAAACCCUACAGGUGCCCCGAGUGCGGGCGUAGCUUCAGCCGCAGCUCCAACCUCCUCAGGCAUCAGCGCCUCCAUGCCAGGGAGCAGCCCUUCAAGUGUCCCCAGUGCGGGCGGAGCUUCCGGGAUGGCUCGGGCCUGGCUCAGCACGAGGGGUCCCACCUGAAAGCUAAGACGUACCAGUGCACCCAGUGUGGGAAGGGUUUCAGCCAGAGCGCCACCCUCAUUAGGCAUCAGAGAAUUCACACCGGGGAGCGGCCCUACACCUGCUCUGAGUGCGGGAAGAGCUUCAGCCAGAGCUCCACCCUCUUCCGACACCGGAGGAUCCACACAGGCGAAAGGCCCUACAAGUGUCCCCAGUGUGGGAAAAGCUUCAUCGAGAGCUCGGCCCUGAUCCAGCAUCAGAGAAGUCACACGUGACAGAGGCUACUAGGGGAGCGCAUCCGCUGGAAGUUAACCAUUGGGCAGUAUCAAAGUGGUGCUGGUAGGAGCAGGUGCCUGGAAUAUCAUGGAUUAAUUAGCAGGAGGAAACAUCAACCAUUGGCCAAUGUCAACGUGGCAUUGGCAUGACAGCAUGGCUGGAACAUCGUAGAUUAAUUGGCUGGAGGAGAGCAUCAACUAUUGACCAAUAUCACCAUGGUGUUAUUGUGCAUUUGUGUCUGGAAUAUCAUAGAUUUAUCAGAUGGAUGAGAAUGUCAAUAACUGGCCAAUGUCAACAUGGCUUUGGUGUGAGAAGUGUGUCUGAAUUAUCAUAAAUUAAUCAACCGGAGGAGGUCAACCAUUGGCCAAUGUCAACAUGGUUUUGGUUUGAGAAUGUGGCUGGAUUAUCAUAGAUUAAGCAACCUGAGGAAAAGAUCAACCAUUGGCCAAUGUCAACAUGGUUUUGGUGUGAGAAUGUGGCUGGAUUAUCGUAGAUUAAGCAACCUGAGGAAAAGAUCAACCAUUGGCCAAUGUCAACAUGGUUUUGAUGUGAGAAUGUGGCUGAUUAUCAUAGAUAAAUCAACCCAAGGAGAAGAUCAACCAUUGGCCAAUGUCAACAUGGUUUUGAUGUGAGAAUGUGGCUGAUUAUCAUAGAUAAAUCAACCCAAGGAGAAGAUCAACCAUUGGCCAAUGUCAACAUGGUUUUGGUGUGAGAAUGUGGCUGGAUUGACAGAGAUAAAUUGACUGGAAUUUUCAAAUGACCCUAAUGGUGUCAAGUGACCAGGUUCAAAAUCCCCCCUUGGAAAUCCCAACCAUAGAUGUGGAAGGCCAGAAGGGACCAUUACUGUCACCCAGCCUGUCCUUGUGCCUACCACAAUGAUAUACUGACGUUCAGGAAGUGCGGCAUCUGCUCAGCGGUAAUUGCACUUUCCUGUCUCUGUAUGAAUUGUCUUUUCCAAGGUGUGUUUGACAUGGUAUUUAACAAGGUGAAACAGCAUUUCCCAAAACAAGACCUCAUCAUUUCUGCCGUGUAAAUGGACCAAAUGUCAGUGUUUAAAGUGACCUGCAGAGGGGGAGGAGGGGAAAUUAAGGCUGGGUUUGGGCCCCUUUUCUUUAUCUUUUAUGAAAAAAGUCUGGCCGUUGUAUUUUUUAAAAAAUUCUGCUUGGUUUGGGUGUGUCCCACAGUAAAGCCGUGUCUACACACAACAUUUGUAGCUCUUUCACUACACCGGUCUAGUUACAGUAGUGUGGGCUCAGUUAUACUGUUAGGAAGGGACCUUUUUGUAUUAUUGCUGUUCAUUUCUAUUUACCAUAGUGCCUAGGAAUCCUUGUUGUGGACCAAAACCCCAAGGUGCGUGGUGCUGUACAAACAUGGAACAAGACGUCAGUCCCUGCCCCAGAAACCGUACAAUCUAAGUCCAAAACAAGAGACCACAGAUGGAUACAGACGGAAUGAUGGUGGAGUACAAGGAAACAAUGGGACACUACUGGUCAGCAUGACUGACUGUGGUCUCAGCACCAGCAGUCUCACCACUGUCAAGUUUUUGGUAGGACUGAUGGCAUAGGAGGGAUUUGAAGGAGGAGGAUGUUUAAGGGGGAACCCCUCCCCAGUGUGAGGGUUCAGCAUGGAAGAAAGCACAAAGGGGCUGGUUCAAAAAUGUUAAUCCAAGCUGGAUUGAAAAAUGGUCAGUGAUGGAGAGCCCACCAUGACCCUUGGAGGAGUUGUUCUUAUGACUCUUGGAGAGUUGUUCUUAUGCUUAAUUAUUAUCCUCCCAAAACUUUGCCCCCUUAUUUCCAGCUUGAAUUUGUCUAGCUGCAACCUCCAGCCAUUAGAUCCUGUUAUGCAAUGUAACUGUAUCAGUAAAAAAAUAAAUCACACCCUGACCAACAAAGCUCUGCUGGUAAAAGACCUAGGAAGACACAGUAAUACUGGUGAAAAAGGCUGUUGCUGGAAUAGCUUAUUCUGGCCGGGGAACUGAUAUAAGCCAAGCUAAAAGAACUCUUUCGGUGGUAUAAGCUAUGUCACCACUAGGGGGCUUGCUAAUAUAACUAUCCUGCUAUAACCGGGGUUCUCAAACUUUUUUUGCUGGGACGGGGACCCCCUUUGAAAAUAUUUCACGCUGUGAUGACCUCCCCCCGAAAAAGUAAUGCUCCCCCAUACCAUGCCAUCCUUACUUCUGCACUGCUGCUGGCAACAGCGCUGCCUUCGGAGCUGGGCACCAGGCCUGCAGCCUCCACUCUCGCGACCCCCCUACAAUAGUCUUGUGACCCCCUUUUGGGCCAGGACCCCCAGUUUGAGAAACUCUGUGCUAUAAACUACAUGUUUCCCAAACCCGAAGAAA